GCCUGUCAAACAGCCAUCCGAAAAUGACAAACAGGCGAGCAGACACACAGCGAUCAUGAUCUGCCCGAUUCAUCCGCAAAAACAUUCAAUGUCGUUUGCCAUCAUUUGACAGAUACGCGCCAGACUGCCGAGUCCGUGUUCUCCUGUUUCCGCAGACGAGAGGUGGAAACCCGCGAUGUGUUGGUGACCGCACACUCAAUCACAACGCCAUCGGACUGAAGCAGGAGAAGACCUGCACCACUCCACGCGUGUGGAUAUGCCUACGGGGGAACUUUUCAUCGCCUGAUUUUCUUCCCUAUUUUAUUUUAUAGCACCCAAUAGCCUCGCCCUAUCUCCCCCAUGAAAAAUACUCUCUGGAGCGGCGUGAUGAUGUCGAGCAAAAGCGCAGAAUGGCUGCAGGACGAACUUGAGUCCGGCGGGGGCUCGCUGCUGCUGCUCGACUGCAGGUCGCACGAACUCUUCGAGUCCUCGCACAUCGAGUCCGCCAUCAACUUGGCUAUCCCGGGACUUAUGCUCCGGAGGUUAAAAAAGGGCAAUUUGCCAAUCCGAUCCAUUAUUACCAAUAACGAGGACAAGGAGAAGUUUGUGAAGCGCUGUAAAACGGAUACGGUGGUGCUGUAUGACGAGGCGACCACGGACUGGCAGGAGAGCGGAGCCGCGGGCUCUGUGCUCGGACUCCUCAUGCAGAAACUGCGGGAUGAUGGAUGUAAAGCGUUUUAUUUGGAAGGGGGAUUUAACAAGUUUCAAACUGAAUACCCAGAGCACUGCGAGACUAACUUGGACUGCUCCUGUCCAAGCAGCUCUCCGCCCUCAUCCGUUCUGGGACUUGGGGGACUACGAAUCAGUUCAGAUUGUUCUGAUGGUGAAUCAGACCGGGAACCGGGCAGUGCCACGGAGUCAGAGGGCAGCCCCUUACCAAGUAACCAACCAGCGUUCCCGGUCCAAAUUUUACCCUAUCUUUACCUGGGCUGUGCCAAAGACUCCACCAACUUGGACAUUCUGGGCAAGUACAACAUCAAGUACAUCCUAAACGUAACUCCCAACUUGCCUAACAUGUUUGAACACGAUGGGGAAUUCAAGUACAAGCAAAUUCCCAUUUCUGAUCACUGGAGCCAAAACCUUUCUCAGUUUUUUCCGGAAGCCAUUUCUUUCAUUGAUGAAGCUCGUUCCAAAAAGUGUGGCAUCUUGGUGCACUGCCUAGCAGGCAUCAGUCGUUCAGUCACUGUCACAGUGGCAUACCUGAUGCAGAAGCUCAACUUGUCACUCAACGAUGCCUACGACUUCGUCAAGCGCAAGAAGUCCAACAUCUCACCCAACUUCAACUUCAUGGGGCAACUUUUAGACUUCGAAAGGACACUAGGGCUCAACAGCCCCUGCGACAACCGCUCGCCCACCGACCAGCUCUUCUUCACCACACCAACCAAUCACAACAUGUUCCAGCUGGAUACGCUGGAGUCCACAUGAAGGCCAGCAAAGGAAGCUGGGUUGGAGCAGCCACCCCCUUGAAUGUUUAUCUCCCAUCUCCAGGGAAGUUUUUGACCUGGAGGACCAGGCCAGCAGCAGUGGCGAAGGGUGGGAUGGAGGGUGGGUAAGCACAUGGGAUCGGUUUUCAGAAGGGUACUGGUCUCGAAGGCGUACACUUUGAAGGCCCUGCAGCUAUUCUGGUGGAUUUUAAUGCAGCAUUUCUUGCCUUUAUGGAACAGACUGUUCUUUUUUCGGUCUCUGUUUGAUAAAAGAAAAGAAACGAUGGACUUUUGCACAGUGCUUCAUGCAAAGAGAAGGAAGCAGGACUGCUGUUCUUCAAGUUGCGGUCUUGUCGCAACAAUGCCCUUAACCUUGUCUUGAGUGGUGCCAUUGUACUAGGAUUUUUUGUUGUUUUAAUCUGAGGGAAUCUCAUUCUGCGGAAUGUAGGGUUGGAUUUAUUUCCUUUUUUUCUCAAAACAAAGACAAAAACACCAUCUAAGAGGUGCACAAUACAUUCAAUACAUGCAGUCUGUCUGUUUCUGUAUCUUUGUAUAUUUCUUCUCAAAGUUCGCAACAAAUCUGUACAUGCAUAGAAACGUUGUCCAAAGAAGUUAUGGUAUGUUGGUGACAGAACCGAAUUCUGUGUCGUCACCAACAAAAACAAACAUUGUGCCCCCCCUCCCCCUUACAUAGGAACCUCUUUUUUUUUUUUUUACAUUUGCAAUGACCUAAUGCGUUUUGCACAGUGGUGAAGCCUUUCACUUCUUGGCACUUAAAACCGGUACUCCAAUACACAUAAAGAGACUUUCAGAGGCCAGUUCUAGGCUGCGACGAGGCCAUGCAGCUGCAUGGGGCAGUCGGGCUGCGCUGGCGAGGGAUGACGCACUUACUUAAAGCUCAUUGUUCCUUAACUGCAAAUGACAGAUUGACGUUUCUGUCCUAGCUACGAGUCCCAACAUCGUUUUUGAAAGUGUUUGUUAGUGUUCAUUCACCUUUUGGCCUUGGUAAUUCUGAUUACAGUAUGAAUAUAUUGUAUUAAUUUCUAAAUAAGAGUAUAUAUAUUCUCUAUAUGUAUUUGGGCAUGUGUUCCUCUCGAGUUGUGGAACGUUGUCAGUUAGAUGAGCAUUGAAUGUUGAGAAUCGUUUUUUUAACUACUAUUGCUGCUCCUAGGGCAGCAAGCAGUGUGCAACAAUGGCGUUUUCUGACCACAGAAACGAACGUUUGGGCCUGAGUGGACAAAUGCUUGAGUUAACAGGGUUGCUUUAAGCUGGCCUUAAAUAACCUUUUUAAUUCUUUCCUACUCUGACUGUUCAAUACUGUUUGUAUCUCACUUUAGAAAUCAUUGUAUAAAAAAAUAAAUAAAAAAAAACUUUGUUCAUUUUUAAAGUAAUCAAUAUGUAGUAAUAAUGGACGACUAAUGGUCUUUAACGGGUCAGUCAAGGUUGUAUUUGUUACCCUGCAAUAUACUCAACCACCAUUUGCAGUAUUUUCUAGAUAAUGACCUCGGGUUUUUGAUUCCUCUGACUUUUUAUACUAGAAAUACAGUAUAUCUUCAUUUGCUUUGAAACUGUGGUGGCUUUUCACCUGGGGUGUCCAAAGUACAGGGCUUGGCAUUACAUUGUAUGUACUUGGUGAAUUCAUUAGGAUGUGUGGCAUUUUGAUCAAUCUAUACACUCACUUUUCAUCUGAUUUAAUUUAGCCCACAGAAUUUCAUAAUGUGCUAUACGUCUACUCCUGUGGCCUUUCAGUGUAUCUUAAUAUGUAUUUGUGCAGAUAUGCAACCAUCAUCUCCUUAAUAUAUCAUUGUGGAUGUCUAUUUCUCAUGCUUGAAACAACUUAUUAGAGGUCAAUGUCUCUUACACCCAACUCUUACACCCUAGGUUUGAAAUGUACUUCAUUUCAGAGUUUUUUAAUUGUAUUUUAUUUUUUAAUGUAAAUCUGUUCAAGCUGCUUCUUGUGGAGGAAUGUUUGUAUCUGUAACAAUGGAAAAGAGAACUCUUCAAAUUUUUCUCUGUUUUUAUAUUGCCAGAACACAGGAACAAGUUUUUCUGUGGAUAUUUCUUGUAGCUACAUAACAGUAAGAGAUGGUGAUGCGAUAAUAAGUGUAAGAAUGAAAGAUGGAUAUUAUGAGGAUGAAGCUGAAAGAAUAAGGAAAUGUAUAUCUUACCUCACUGAGGAAUUUUUCAGGGAUUUUUAUUUGACAAUGCGUCGGCAUCGUGUUACAGCUUCAAAUGUCAAAGAGCUGUUUUAUAUGUGCUGUAUACAUUUUUUAAAAGAUUCAAUCUAUAUAUGUGUAUAAUACUGGACUUGGUAACUGGGCAGUUAAAUUUUCUGGAUUAUGAAGGAUAUACAAUUGUCCCUAUGUAUUGUAUAGUAUAUGAAAACCAAUACAAGACUUGUUUGUACUGCAAAUAAAUAUUGAAUUAUUUUUUUGGUUA